CGAUGUUGGCAUCGAUGUUUCUUCACCUCUGUUUGCAAGUUCUAAACGUACGUAUCCAAUUUAACCGGAAAGUCAAGAAGGGAUUAUGGCGCCUCCGGCUGCGCGGGCUCGCUACAUAGCCAACAAGGCGGACAACCAGAUUCUCUCGAAGAAGCCUCCAAAACGACUGGGCCUGAAUGGCAACAACAAAACGAAGGAAGGUGGUGCUCCACCGGCCGGCAACAACAAAAAGGAAAAAGAUGCCAAGAAGCGCAAACAAUCCGCGAGUGGUGGCCAGGAGAAGGGCCAACCCAGUGCCCAUCCCAUUAUGCCCAGUGUGCAGACCGCCUUCAAGACUUUCGUGAGUGCCCGAUUGUGUAGCGCCAUUUGGGCGUACAUAGCCGACUGCGAUGAGACCUUCAACUACUGGGAACCGCUGCACUACAUCAUCAAUGGCCAUGGACUGCAGACGUGGGAAUAUAGCCCACAGUUUGGCCUGCGAUCGUAUACCUACCUACUGCUGCAGGGUGUGCCCGGCUACUUUUACCAGAAGAUGUUCAAUCCCAGCCCCAUUCUCAUAUUCUACAUGGUGCGAUGUAUGUUGGGUUUUGGCUGUGCCUUGAUGGAGCGAUAUAUGUACAAGUCCAUUUGCCAGGAGUUUGGCAUACACAUAGGACGCCUCUGGCUGAUCUUCCAACUCUUCAGUGUGGGCAUGUUCGUGUCCAGCACAGCUCUACUGCCCUCCUCCUUUUCAAUGUACUUAAGCUGUGCUGCCUUGGCCGCGUGGUGGCAGAAAAACUAUUGCUUUGCCAUUUUCCUCACAGCAAUAUCAGCUCUACUUGGUUGGCCAUUUGCAGCUCUAAUUGGCAUUCCGUUUGUGCUGGAGAUGCUGCUAAGACAGCGAGAUUGGCGAACCUUUGUCCAGUGGACACUGAUUUCGGGCGCCACCAUUGGCAUUCCCAUGAUUGCCAUUGACACGAGCUACUUUGGCAAGCUGACAUUUGCUCCUCUGAACAUUGUAUGGUACAAUGUGUUCACCAGUCAUGGACCCAACAUCUUUGGCACCGAGCCACUGAGCUACUACAUCAUCAAUGGUUUCCUCAACUUUAAUAUUAUAUGGCUCCUGGCCUUACAACUGCCCAUCAUGCUGGUCGUGGACUAUCUGAUUGUGCCGGCCAAGUCGAAGUCUACGCUGAAUUUCCCCCACUACAUCUCGCUGGCUCCCCUUUAUUUGUGGCUCCUGGUCUUUUUUGCCCAACCGCACAAGGAGGAGCGCUUUCUGUUUCCCGUUUACCCACUAAUCUCCCUUUGUGGAGCCAUCACCGUAGAUGUGUAUCAGCGCAUAUUCUUUCGCCUCAAGUCGCUGGUGUUUAAGAUCAAGGCGGGAGUUCAUUAUCUGGACCACAGUAUGUUCAUUGCCAUACUGGUGAUGGUGACUAGCACUUUGCUGGGGCUUUCACGGGUAUUUGCCCUGUACAGGAACUACCACGCGCCCAUGGAUUUGAUGCUGGAGCUGAACCAGUUUAAGGCGACGCCGCAAUACAACCCGGAUUUGAUAUACAAUGUGUGCAUAGGCAAGGACUGGCAUCGCUAUCCGGGCAGCUUCUUUUUCCCGGCCAGGAAUUUCCGCUUGCGCUUCCUGAAAUCCGAGUUUCGCGGCAUGCUACCCGCCUACUAUGUGAGUGGCCCCAAUGCCACCCAGGUGAUGCAUCCGUACUUCAACGAUCUCAACCAGGAGAAUGAGCACAUGUACUUCGACUACGACAGUUGUGAUUUCCUGGUCGACUUCGAUGAGGGCAAGUACACGCCCUUGGAGCCGAACUACUCGAAGCGAUCCAAGGAGUGGUCGGUGAUGAAGAGCCUGCCCUUCCUCAUUCCGGAGAAGUCGCACAAGGUGCUGCGCGCCUUCUAUGUGCCAUUCCUGACCGACAAUCACAUUCAGUAUGGAGACUUUAACCUACUCAAGCGCAAGACGAAACGCAACGGCAGGUAAAGGCAGGCCGUUUGAAAAGCAUUUUAUCCUUAGCAGAUGGGGUGGCUGACUUUUGUUUUUAACACAAAAUUUUAAAUUCUUGAGUAAUUCCAAACAUGUUUGAUAACUUAUGCUAUAGCUUUAAUAUCACGUUCAUAUUGAAGCCACGGUAUGUUGCCACCCCAGUGAGCCUUUCUGGAUUUGUUUUAAUCCUGUCUAUCCGACACUGAAAUGUAAAAUCCUUCCUACUAUUUGUUUUAAUCCUAGUUAUUUUUGUUUUGUCCAUGCCAAAGUUGUGAAGAUCACCAGAGAAUCGAAGUAGAACUUAAGCCUCAUCAAAAUAUAAACAGCGAGAUUCGUAAGCAAAA